CCUCGGACAGAGCUUUGUUUGGGUCCAGCUUUGUGCUAUCCAAACAAGAAGAGGAUGGGAGGCUCACUGCUGUUCAUAGGACUGAUGGUCAUCGCAGCUUGCUCUCAGUCUAUCUGUGCGUCAGACAGUUGCCUUGAGGAGGUGGCUCAUCUGAGGGAAAAGGAGAAGCUUCUGAAAGUGAAGCUUCAGAAACAAGAACUCCUCCUACACAAACUACAACAACUGGAUCAACCUGGCAAGGAGGACACAGCCAAACCUGACCAGAGCCAGGACACCCAGUACACAGACUGCGCCCAGCUUUUCAGUUCUGGCUUCAGAUCUAGUGGUGUCUACACAAUCACUCCCCUUGGCAGCCCUGGCCCAGUCAGAGCCUACUGUGAUAUGAGUGAUGGAGGUGGCUGGAUCGUCAUUCAAAGACGACUCGAUGGAACAGAGAGGUUUAACAGGUCGUGGGCAGAGUACAAGGAUGGUUUUGGAGAUGUGGAUGCAGAGUUUUGGCUCGGCAAUGACAACCUGCAUUACAUCACCACACAAGGAAAUUAUUCACUGAGGAUUAUCCUGGGAGACUUUUAUGGUUCCAAGCGCUAUGCUGAGUACGAGAACUUCAAAGUGGCCAAUGAAAAGGAUCACUACCGACUGACCUUUGGAUCUUAUGUAGGUACAGCUGGAGAUGCUCUGUCUGGAAAUUAUGAGGUUGGUGUGUCACACUGGGCCAGUCAUCAGAGCAUCAAAUUCAGCACCUAUGACAAGGACAACGAUAAUUACGAAGGAAACUGCGCCCAGGAAGACAAAGGUGGCUGGUGGUUCAACAAGUGUCACUCAGCCCAUCUUAAUGGCCUGUACUACUCUCGUGGGCACUACAGUGCGGUGACAGACGAUGGUAUAGUUUGGUACACUUGGAGAGGAUGGUGGUACUCCCUGAAGACCAGCAUCAUGAAGCUGCGACCCACUGACUUCAAAGUUGAUCCCAUCAACGACCCCAAUGCUGUCCAACGCAAACCACCUUCUUAGAGCAAACAUGAGCAGAUAUCAAAUCUUGGCUCAACUAUUUUUGUCAGAAACAGCCUGGCAAAUAGUAUGAAAACAUGUGAAAUCAUAUUUCAAACACAAUAAAUCAUUAACUUCAUUUUAACUUCUCAAAUUCUCAAAACUUGUUCGCAUAGCCUACUAAGAAUAAUCAACCCCACUGCAUAGAACCCUGCUGAAGGAAGCGUUGAUCUACUGCUAGAUCACAUAGCACCACUGUGCUAACUAACAUUACAUAACAACCAAGGGGGGCGCUAUACAUGUUUACAUCUUGCGCAAUCACGAGCACGACCCUCUUGUCCAUGAGUAGAUGCACACUUCCUUCUGCGUAGUGAUAUGGUUGGUGGGUGUAGUUUGGUAGAAAGAUCUUACAUGAAACUGCUGACAACAAGAUCUGUGGAUUAUCUUGAGUAACUGGGUCAUGAUUUCUGUAAAGAGACAUUGCUGUUGACUUUUCAAAAUGUAUUUCUUUCGGUGUUUUGAGCACCACAAGCCGAGUGCCAUCUAGUUCCAUUACACUGGAGAAAGGACAGACAUCUCUAUGGCCGAUAUCUCCAGCACUCAGCAACUCACAUCAACACAAUCUAGACUGAUAAAUAGCACUACAGAUAAGGGAGAAUUGUGGCCUAUUUUUGUUUUUGGGGUGAACUGUCUCUUUAACAAUCCAGUGAAAUCUUUGAAGACUUAAGUAUCUUCUUCUUUAAUAUCUUCUAUAGCAACAUACUGACAGCUUUUUGCUUGACAUGAUUGUUGAAAGGGGAAGUAGCUUGUACUCACAGCUGUCUGUUUUUAGUUUGGUGGAGAAAAAGGAAAUCUGAUGUCAGUGUGUGUGCCAGACACAGACAGAAACAUUGGACAGAAGGCAGUGAAAGGAACCAUUAUCAUGUCAUUGUAAAUGGCUGUAACAAGAACUGGAUGUGUUCUUUUUUAAUACAAUGAUAUAUGACACAAGGAGCAGCUGAGCGCUGGGAGUUUGCCCAAAUGUUAUGAAGAUUAAUAUAAACUGUCUAUGUAUCACAAACUGCUAUUACAGGAAAAACAAAUAGGGCUACACAACAAUAGUUAUUUCUUAAGAUGUUAGAAAGUGACAUAAGAUAGAAAAAAAAUCAUAAACACGUAGGAUUGCUUUUAGGGUUUUAUAUGUGCUGUACUUCAUCUCACACUUACAGGUUAUUAUUUACAGCUCAGAUUGUGAACAGACUGUAUCUGUCUGCCAUUUGCAUUAUAACCCUGAUUCACCAAA